AUAACCUUUGUAACUGUCACUAAGACCAAGCUUUCUCUGUUUACAGUUAAUUUUCAUUUUAAUAAUUGAUUCUCCACGUAUAAACUAAAAAAGAACCGGGUCAUUUAAAAGAAUGGCAGAUUUUUACAUUAGAUACUACGUAGGCCACAAAGGUAAGUUUGGCCACGAAUUCCUCGAGUUUGAAUUCCGACCGGAUGGCAAACUCCGGUACGCUAAUAACUCCAAUUACAAAAAUGAUACAAUGAUCAGAAAAGAAGUAUACGUACACCAAUGUGUAAUGGAAGAACUUAAAAGAAUCAUAAUUGACUCGGAGAUAAUGCAAGAAGACGAUUCCUUGUGGCCUCCUCCGGACCGUAUUGGAAGACAAGAGUUGGAGAUCGUGAUCAAAGACGAACAUAUUUCAUUCACUACCUCAAAAACUGGCUCCUUGAUCGACGUGAGUCAAUCCAAGGAUCCCGAAGGGCUGAGAUGUUUCUAUUACUUGGUACAAGACUUGAAGUGUUUAGUGUUCUCAUUAAUUGGUCUACAUUUUAAAAUUAAGCCUAUAUAAGAUGUAAAAUAUAUUUAUCUUUUUUACCUUAUUGUAAUUCAAUAAAACUUUCAGUUUGUAAGUAUA